UUCGCCACCUACAACAUCAAAUCAAAUCGAAUCAACAACAUCAGACCUAAACCACUAUGUCUUCCUUAAAAAUUUCAUCUUUGCUUUCUACUACCUUUUGCUCCACAUCACCAUCAACAAUAAAAUCCUCUAUCCACCUCCCAAACAAACUUUCUAUACCUCUUUCUGUCACACCAAACCUAAAACCAAGUAGAAAACUGUUCGAAGAGUUAAACGGUUUCUCCCACACAAUCCCAAUUCUCCAAGACAAUCCAGGCAACAACUCCACCACCACCACCUCCACAUCCUCAAAAGCCACCAUUGUUCAACUAUACGCACUUCUCGAAGCCGUGGCUGACAGAGUGGAGAUGCAUCGCAACAUAGGCGACCAACGUGACAACUGGAACACGCUUCUGUUGAACUCCGUCAACAUGCUCACACUCACCGCCUCCGCUAUGGUCGGCCUUGCCGCCUCCAUCGGCGGUGGCGGGGCGCCGCUGUUGGCUCUCAAACUAUCCUCCACGCUCUUGUUCUCCGCCUCCACGGGGAUGUUGGUGGUGAUGAACAAAAUACAGCCCUCACAGCUUGCCGAGGAGCAAAGAAAUGCCACGAGGCUGUUCAAGCAGCUCCAGUCCCACAUCGAAACAACGAUAGCCAUUGGAAACCUUACCGAGGAAGACGUGAAGGAGGCGAUGGAGAGAGUUUUGGCCCUAGACAAAGCGUACCCACUUCCUUUGUUAGGAGCCAUGGUUGAAAAAUUCCCUAAGAAGUUUGAGCCAGCAGUGUGGUGGCCUUCAGCGCAAAAAAGAAUGAACAGCUCAAAAUACCAGGAAGGGAAGAAUAAUGGGUGGAAUAAGGGGUUGGAAAUGGAGCUUAGGAAUGUUUUGGAAGUGGUGAAAGAAAAGGACAUGAAGGACUACGAGAGGUUAGGAAACAUGGUGUUGAAGAUCAACAAGAGUUUGGCCAUUGCAGGGCCUUUACUCACCGGCAUUGCCGCUGUGGGAUCAGCAUGUGUGACGGAAGGUUCCUCAUGGGGAGCUAUAGUGGCAGUUAUUGGAGGGGCAUUAGCAACAACUGUUAAUGCUUUUGAGCAUGGAGGUCAAGUGGGGAUGGUGUCUGAAAUGUAUCGAAACUGUGGUGGAUUCUUCAAACAGUUAGAGAACACGAUCCAAGACACGAUGGAGGAAGAUGAGGAUCAAAGAGAGAAUGGGGAGUUGUUUGAAAUGAAGCUGGCUUUGAAAUUGGGAAGGAGUUUGUCACAACUCAGAGAUCUUGCUAGAAAAUCUGCUUAUUCCCGGAUAGAGGGAACAACAACCGAUGAAUUCGCUAGCAAACUCUUCUAAUUGUUUUUCUUGUAAUAUAAUUAGCUAACAAUUAAUCCAUUUUUUUAUUCAAUUUUACUUAGUUUUUUCAUGUAAUUUAGUUUUCUUUUUAACAAAUCUUGUAAUAUAUUUCUUGCUGUUUUUGCGGACACGCAUGCAAAGAAAUUAUUAAUCUGCUCUGACUCAUCAAAAUAAAGAAAAAAAAAUGUGUGGCAA